CCGGCACACUUUCUUCUCUGGAAAACUCCUACCCAUCCUUCAAAACUUAGCUCAAGGAGGCCUUUCUGAAGUCCCUGUGACCUCUCAGUGCCACAGUGUUGGAGAAACAGAGGAUGGGUAGGGGAGGGACAGGGCAGAGGACAGAGUGGAGGGACUUUGCACACUCCACCCUCCAGCUGCUGCCCCAAGGGAGGAAAUGAAUGGGUGAACAGGACUGCCCUGGGCAAAAGUCAUCGUUGACAUUCCAGGGACUCAUUGUGACAGGCUGCCCUGUAUGGUUGGGCAGGUUGUAUCCUGCACAAGCCUGCCUGGCUGAGCUGCGAGUGAGGACUGAAAUCACGCUGUGUGCAUGUGAAAGGGCUGGGGCAGCACGCCCUGCUGUAAUCUGCGCAGAGGUGCCCUCCGCUCACAGCACCCUGUCUGCCAGAGGGCAAAUUUUUUAUGAUUUCUGAAAGACCCCAGGGCCUUGUCCUGCACCCCCUGGGGCCAUCUACCGGCACCCAGACAGGAAAGCAAUGCUCAAGAUUCCCCAUUCUCCCAGAAUUCUAAUUCUUUGGCACUAACCUGAGGUUCCGGCCACCAAUCCAAGAUGCUCCGGGAAGCCUGUGGCCUCCUCUAGCCUCUUGUGGCCCCAAGGGGGCUUUCUCAGCAAAUGGCCCCCCUUCCCUCAGCACAUGCCCCUCUCCACGACCCUCCGAGACCCUUAUGUCGGCACAUCUUCUCUCCCCUGCACGGUGCUAGCCUGGCCUCAGAACCCACCGAGACGUCACUGAGACCUGAGAAUAAAGGUCGCAAUCUCAUUUCUCUGCCUUGUGACUGGGGACCAACCUUAGCAAAAUGCGGGAAGAAUGAAUGGGGGUGCUUACGUCUGGGCUUCUGUCUGCCUGUCAACAUUUCGUCACCUGCGGCCCUGGGGGAGAGACUUCUAUUUCCCAGGCCUUCCAUCCGAUCCGUUGGGGUUUGGAAUGAUGGGGAAGGUGCAGUGCCUGCCUGCCCUCGGCCUGUUUUGGUGCGCAUUGCUGCUUCAGUGGUCUCCUGCAGGCCCCGAGGACUUUCUCCGGGGUGGGAGGCAGCUGAAGGGGGAUCUCUUGUGGCAACUGGGUCCCCACGGUGACUUGGCCCCCACCCUGUGGUGUCUGUGAGGUCACCCUGCCUCUCCCAGCUGGAGGAGCGGGAGGAGGGCAGACAUGGAGGUCGUCCCCCCGGUCAGAUCCAGCCUCUGGGGGAUUCUGCGGCUGCUGGCGAAGCUCUGUGUGCUGCUGGUGCAGAACCGGGCCCACCUCUAUAAUUUCUUGCUCCUCAAGAUCGUCCUCUUCAACCACUGGCUGUCGGGGCUGGCCCAGGAGGCCCAGGGGUCCUGUGGCCAGCAGGCCUACCCACCCACCCCGGUGCUCACAGCCUGCCCCAUGGCCCGGGUUCUCCGGGCUGGGCUGGCACUGAUGGAGGUUCCUGUGCAGCUGGUGCUGCGGGCACCCAGGCUGGUGUGGGCAGGCAUGCUUGGCUGUGCCCGGGCCUUUAGCCUGGCCCCGAAGCGGCUAGGCGCCUGGGAGUGGCUGGGCCUGUCUGUGGCCACCUGGAUGGACCUGCUUCUGUCAUGUCUACACAGCCUGAUGCUGGUGGUCUUGUUGCUGCUGCUGCUGACCUGGAAGUUGUGCUGGAAGGCCCACCGCUGUAGCCUGGGCUGGCUGCCCAGCAAGGCGCUGCUGGAGAACUGCGUGGUGCUGGAGCUCCUGGCCCUGCUGAAGCGUCUGUACUGGUGGGUGGAGAGCACGACAGUGCUCACCUCCUGGCACCUGGCCUAUCUUGUCACAUGGACCACCUGCCUCGCCUCCCACCUGCUGCAGGCUGCCUUUGAGCACACAGCCCAGCUGGCCCAGGCCCAGGAGGCUGAGCCCCAGGAGGCCCUAGGUCCCUUGUCUGAGUCCCUUUUCCCUGAGCCCCUGGCCCCCCAGGCUGGGCCAGUCCUGCCAGAGCAUGGAACCCCUGGAGAAUAA